AUGGUAGAAGUGCCUCGCUUUGCUAUUCAAGGUGACAUCUAUACACAGACAAAGCUUCUUCGCUUUGGUUUGGUACAGUCUAUGCGUUGUGUGCUGUGUGAUUGUUCAGUGGAGGAUUUGAAUAAUCUUUUCUUUACUUGCCCAUUUUCUGAGCGUGUUUGGAAUACUUUGCAUGCGAAAUGUAACUUGCCUUGGGUUCAACGGCGUUGGCCAGAUACUCUUUCUUGGAUGGAACAAUUUCGUGGGAAGUCAUUGUCUUCCAUCGUUAUUCAGUUGAUGUUUGCAGCUUCGAUUUAUGCUAUUUGGCGUGAGCGCAAUUCUAGGACCUAUGGGGAGGCUCCUAAACAUGAGUUUGCUAUUAUUCAAGAUAUUAUUUUCUCUAUUUGUGCACGAGUGAAUUCAUGUAGGGGCUUGGUUCCAUCUAAUGAGAAUAGGUGGCUCCAACGCUCUUGGAGUUUUUCUGCGAAUAUUUUUUAUUGUCGUGAUUAG